CUUACGCCGAAGUCAUUCUAACUCAUUAAGACUGGCGCGUUAGCUUAGAAGAGAGAAAGGUAGCGACAAGUAUUAAGAAACGGCACCUGAAAAGAGAAGCACUUCUUCAAGUUUUUUUUAUUAAUACAGUAAACAGUAGUUAUACGAAUACAGUAGUUAUACUCGUAGAAAAUCGGUACAAUGAAUUUAUUGCAUAUUUCUGCUGUUAUUGCUUCGUUUUGCUUUGCCUGGUGCCGUAGUUUCAGAGAAGUUGCCACUAAUGUUGGGGAUCUUGAAGUGGACUGCCACAAAGUAACGCAACCCAGUGCUUCUCUUGACGCAUCGGUUGUGCCGGCCCCAUUCGCUUUUCGCACGGACAACCUGACCAAAGCGGAGUGUCUGGCGUAUCUUGCUUUUAGUAAGAACUCGACAAUUCUUUGCAAUCCGGUUUUUAUGGUGCAAGAAUGCGACGAGGACCACUCCCUAAGUUACCCAUUGUUUUCGCGAACGUAUCUAAGAGCUGGGUGUGCGUGGGCGAACCGCACAAACUUUGCUCAAGUAACCAAGAACAUCAAGAUCACCAGUCCCAACCGCGCUGUAACCUUGGAAGUAAGGGAGUUCGCGGAUAUGGAAGAUCUUCUGCAUCAUGACGUCAUGGAUCCUGUGCGUCACCAGGUGAUCGACCUGGUGAUAGAAAAAUGCGCCACAACGAUCACCACCGCUAAACUGUACGAUGCCGGACCGCUGCCAAAUCUAGUGCGGCUGCGCAUGGAGAACUGCUUCAAUAUGGUAAUUAAAAAGCGGGACUUCGCACGCAUCCCGGCGGUCCGGAUGAUCACGUUCUACAUGUUUACUAUCGAAACAUUGGAAGAGUACACUUUCACCGAUUUGCUGCACCUGGAUAGCCUGGUACUGGAAGAUGGAAUUGUGUACGAACUACGCAGAAUCCAGGAAUAUCCGAACCCGCCGAGACGGCAACAGAUGGUCACACUGACCGAUGCGGACAUUGAGAAAGUGCGCCGCAUCCACUGUGACUGCUCGUUGGCGUGGUUCCGCAAUUUUCUCAAGCGGAGACCUUAUCUUACGGACGGUAAAGAGGAAGGCGAGGUGUCGGUUGUGGGGAACUAUCGCACACCGAUUGUUAAUACCAUCAAACUGGCGCCCGCAGUGCUCAGUGUGGAUUGUGCCCGUAAUUUGACGUACAAUAGCGCACGCGUGGGUUCGGUGUUUUCUUAUAACACAUCUUGCUAUGGACCAUGCUAGCAGAAUUCUGUGUUAUGGCAUCAAUACGGUAGUCAUUGUCUUGUGCCUGUUAAUGUUGACACUGGGGUGCUACCAUGGUCCAUGACUCACAAAUAUGUUUUCAUUCCUAGCGACCCCACUACGUACUAAUAGAAGCGACGUAUAAUUUCAUUAGAUACUGUUAAGAAUCUAGUAUGGACACGAUUACAUAGAUUAUAGAUAUGAUUGCCGGCUGUACCUUGCAUAAAGACAAACCGUAACUAGCAGAUGCAGCUGCAAACGUUUUGAGGAUCUUUUGCAGAGCUGCACUAAAAGCUGUUUUGUACGACAGUACGAGA